AUGGGUGAUUUAUUGGAAGACGAUUUAGAGUUACGAGUGGGCACGUUACAAUUAUCUACGGACAAUACUAAUGCAGACAAUCGACGUGAUAACGCGUCAGAAUCCAAUAGAAACAAAAAUGAGCUAAUUGCAAACUCGUCGGUUUUAUCGGGGGCUGAUUCGCUUUCAUCAUCCACGUCUUCAUUUGCAGGUAGAGAUGCCAGAACAGAGGGAACAACCAAUUCAAGACCUGAAAAUGAAGAGCCAGAGAGGACUGUCUAUCCUCGUUACGAUGUGCCAUUUAGUAGUGAAAAUAUAAAGGACUUUUUCACCUUCCGUAAAGGUGUUGUUGAAAAUGCUAUUCAAGAUUGCAUCACAGCACUUCUGUUUCCAGAAGAUGGAGAAUAUUUAGGAUCUUGGUUAUUGACAGAAAUAACUCUAUGGGAUAAUGAAAAAGAAAGAAUUGUCCUUCUUACAUCAAGGCUGGUUAUGACAAUAAAGUAUGAUUUCAUAGCUAUGAAACAGUUAGAUUUCAAAAAGACAUAUUUAGAUGACUUGGACACUAUAGUUAUAGGAGAGCUAGUGUAUCCCCCCUCUUCCUUAGUACCCCGCAUAAAUGGCAUCGCAACGGGUGUGACAACCGUUGUCAAAGACUGCGUCAUAGAUCGUCUGUGCAGACGUCCGACCGGCGGCGACGCGGAGGCAAAAGUGUUCGAUCCCAAGUAUUUUGAACCUAGAGAGCGAAAUCUACGCGGAGUCCGAUUGAUGUGGAAUAAGGGUGAACCGCUCUCCAUGAAGACCGCCUGGAACCCAUUUAGUCAAGACGUUCCUUUCCUGACAUUCGCUUCACAUCCCAUUUACUGGCACAAAGAAGGUAGUGUCGAAGAUAGGUCAAUGUACGACAUGGAGACGUUCGCCCAGAAGCUGCAGAGGGCCAUAGAGUCAAUGGCGUCAUCUUCCUGCUGCAUACAUCACUCCCCGAUCGUAAUUCAAAGCUACGUCGGUGUGACUUCGCUCCUCCAUAACAAGAUCAGCCUCGGCUUCUUCAAGGUGCGCGGGAAGUUCAGUUUU